UUGAAUGUAUUACUUUGUUUGGGGACACAGCAAUUACACUAUUUUACUUUAGUAAUAAUUACCACAGCAGCUAUGUAUAUUUUUAUGCUAGAGUUUCGGAAUAGAUACCAGAAAAUACCAAGACGAGGAGGACACUAGACUUGGCCAGCUUGAAUGACAAGGUUUAUAUUUCCAGCAAUAUACACCAAACCGAAACCUGCCACGAGUUGGUGGUAGUGGUAUCACCCCAGCACACAUCAGCCGUGAUGAGCUGAGCCAAGCCUGAAGAGAAAGCAGGACAUUUAAAGGGAGACACACAGAAGGGAAACAGCAAGAUGACAGAGACAGAAGAGCGAGAGAAAGAGAGAGAUGAGGUGGAGAUUGUGUUCACUGACGGGUGUGGGCAUUCUAUGUUGUAUGUCUAGUUUGUCUAUUUUUUGUUAUUUUGUUUGUUUGCGCCGCACCAAAGCAGAGCUGGAGGCAGCGAAAGCAGAGAGGCGCCGGUAUGAGGAGGCAGCACGGCAGCGCGGCUGGAAGCCUGAGAGGCAGCCCCAAAAAUGUCUUGGAGUGUGGCAGAAUCAGGAGUCAGUCCUGAGCCAACUCCCCCUGCUUAGCGUAAGGAGCCAAGGAUGGAACCACAGCCGGUCAGAGCAGUAUUGGAGGUGCUCCCGCCUGUCCAGCGCCGCCAGAGCCUUCCUCCUGCCCAGCGCCGCCAGAGUCUCCCAUCUGUCCUGAGCCGCCAGAGUCUCCCGUCUGUCCUGAGCCGCCAGAGUCUCCCGUCUGUCCUGAGCCGCCAGAGUCUCCCGUCUGUCCUGAGCCGCCAGAGCCGCCCGUCUGUCCUGAGCCGCCAGAGCCGCCCGUCUGUCCUGAGCCGCCAGUGUCUCCCGUCUGUCCUGAGCCGCCAGAGUCUCCCGUCUGUCCUCAGCCGCCAGAGCCGCCAGUCUGUCCUGAGCCGCCAGAGCCGCCAGUCUGUCCUGAGCCGCCAGAGCAGCCAGUCUGUCCUGAGCCGCCAGAUCCGCCAGUCUAUCCUGAGCCGCCAGAGCCGCCAGUCUGUCCUGAGCCGCCAGAGCCACCAGUCUUUCCUGAGCCGUCAGAGCCGCCAGGUGCUGCCAGAGCCGUCAGUCAGCCAGGACCUGCCAGAGCCGUCAGUCAGCCAGGAGUUGCCAGAGCCGUCAGCCAGCCAGGAGCUGCCAGAGGCGUCAGCCAGCCAGCCUGCCCCUCAGUCCGGAGCUGCCCCUCAGUCCGGAGCUGCCCCUCAGUCCGGAGCUGACCCUCAGUUUGGAGCUGCCCCUCAGUCCGGAGCUGCCCCUCAGUCCAGAGGCGCUCCUCAGUCCAGUGGGGCCUUUAAUUAGGGUCUUAGGCCCAAGGUCGGAGGCGAGGGUCAUCUCUCUAAAGAGGCCCUUGAAGAGGGCAAUGACUAUGGUGGAGUGGGGUCCACGUCCCGCGCCAGAGCCACCACCGCGGCCACAUGCCCACCCAGACCCUCCCCUAUAGGUUUAGGUUUUGCGGCCGGAGUCGGCACCUUAGGGGGGGGGGGGGGUACUGUCACACUCUGACCAUGAUUGGCGUUGUUUGUUUCUAUGUUUUGUUUGGUCAGGGUGUGAUAUGAGUGGGCAUUCUAUGUUGUAUGUCUAGUUUGUCUAUUUCUAUGUGUUUUGGCCUGAUAUGGUUCUCAAUCAGUGGCAGGUGUUUGUCGUUGUCUCUGAUUGGGAACCAUAUUUAGGUAGCCUGUUUUGUAUUGUGGUUCGUGGGUUAUUGUCUAUGUGAUGUUGCAUGUUAGCACUCAGUUUUGAUAGCGGUCACAUUCGUUUUGUUAUUUUGUUUGUUUGUUUAGUGUACUUCGUGUUUUUUCGUCAUUCAUUAAAAGUAUGUAUUCACACCA